CAAGGAGAUAUCUCACAACUUCGAAAGCCUUCAGGUUUACAUAUCACACUCACAACCAUCAACUCUUCAUAUAUCCCUGAAUACUAAGUACGUACUGAUAAAAUUAUUAGAUCAUCAGAAAUGUCAACAGAAAGCAUAUCAAGUUCCAACUGGGCUCUCUUGGAAUCGAUUCGUCAGCAUCUACUACACGAUGAUUUUGAAACCCAGGAGACAUUUUUGGCCGAUGUAGCUGAGUUUGAUGCACCAUUGCUUAGUUCUCCAAGUACUCCAAGCUCUAGCAAUGCUCAUUUUCUUGUCGAGGGUUUGGGUGACACAAUGGGAAUAAUGAACCAUGCUUUGGACACAUCAAAUAACUUCGAGGUGGCAGCGUGUGUUGUUCAAGUCCCACAGAGGGGAUGGAAUUUUAGGGGAGUGAGGCGACGACCCUGGGGUAAGUACGCAGCUGAGAUAAGAGACCCAAAGAAGAACGGGGCGAGAAUCUGGCUCGGAACCUAUGAGACGGCAGAGGAUGCCGGCUUGGCAUAUGACCGAGCCGCUUUUAAAAUGCGUGGCUCCAAGGCUAAGCUUAAUUUUCCUCACCUCAUUGGCACGCAUGAUUCGGAGCCGGGUCGUGUGGCUUCUAAGCGUUGCGCACUGGAGCCAUCAUCUUCGUCUGUAUUAUCGUCGGAUGGUGGAGGAUCACCAACGCUUAAGAGGAAAAGGAAUGUAGUUUGCUCGGUGGCAAAAGCCAAGUUGGAAGAAGGAGAUGAACCAUUUCAAGUGUUCCAACUGGAAUCUUUCUCACUUGGCAGCCACCUAUUGCUUAACUGAGUUGUAUAUUUAACGAUCUUUUCGCCAUCGACGUAGAUUAUUAUUUCCUCUUGUUUUUUUUUCUCAUUGUAGUUUGUGAGAUGCUAGAUGUAAUUUGUGCCAAACAUAAUCGAUAAUUUUGUACACCACGGUUCA